UACUCAUUGACAGGCUUUCGGCUUCCGUAAUUUCCUCUUCAAUACUUUUUGAGCUAAACAAAAUAUCACACUAUAGUAAUCGCACAAUUGUGUCCAUUAUUCCCCAUAUACAUGAGAAUGACUAACUUCCAACUAUACCUCUUUCUAAUACUUUGUGAGCGAAGCAACAUGUGCAUGCUCGAGGCAUUUUGCACUGUGUGCUUUACCACUCAUUAACUACUGUUAUUACUGUCCUUUCCAGUGCCUGAACUCACACCACCCGAGACCAUCAUUGAGAAACCUUCACCAAAUAUGUUAGCCCAACCGUCCGAUGCCGCCACGCCCUCUGCUGCUCUUAAAGAACUCCCUCCAGAGAAUAAAUGUGAAACCUGCUUUCCCUGUGAGCAAGCGGUCAAACAUCACGUGCUAUCUCAAGAUCAGGGAGCAGAGGGAAAAGCUAGAGCAAUGUUCCCAAGAAACAGGCUGUGGGAUAAAACACACCUCAAGGUUUACUUCCUCAAUCCUAUUCCUUCCUCUUGGAAAUACAAUGGUCACAAGUACCCUGUUCCCGGCGGUGAAGUAGGGCAUGUCUUCACCCAAAGCGACAUUCUCAGACUGGCCAACUGCUGGACAACCGAGCAGCCUACUAGUAUUCCCAAGGAGAAGAGAGAGAAAGUGCCUAUUUUUGUAUCAGCUUGUGACGCAAUGGAUUCCGACAUUCGUGUUUGGUUUAGCACGAUUGGUGCAAGCGAGUCAAAAGUUGGUACUGAGGCUAAGUGUGUUACUGAGGGCUCGAAGGAGGAGAAUGCCACAAUGUGUCUGAAUCUGAGUUAUGCUGGGGACAGGUACAAUGAGCACCUAGUGAUGCACGAGUUUGGCCAUGCCUUGGGUCUGGGUCACGAGCAUCAGACAGUGUUUUUCUGGAACAACAUCGGGAAAUUCUUUCGAAAAGAUGUUGUGGAAAAGAAAUUUGGUCAAGCAUAUCUCAGCAAUGUUGCAUCAUACAAAGAUCAGACAGGGGAAACAUCUGAGUAUGACCCUGACAGCAUAAUGCAUUACGAUAUGUUUAAACCCGAUUGGCUUCAAGAUGAAUACAACACCGAGGCAAAGGUGGAUCAACAUCCCAACAUUACUGGUGAGCAAAAAAGAGCUCUGAAAGGCUUUCUUCAGAGGAAAGGAAAGGGGUUGGCUCAGGAGAUUUCCAAAACGGAUUGUGACUUCAUUGCCGAGGCUUAUUAUGCUCAUGAUCAUACUAAUACCUCUAAGUUAAACCCACAAGUCCCACAUCCACCAGCUGCACACAGUGCACAAAAGGCAUCACCAACAAGAACGAGUGAAACUCAACUAUUUAACACUGAGGAGGCAACACAAUCUAGUCGAAAACAUAGCAGAGAGUCAGACCCACCUGCUGUCAGCCCAAAGAGAGCAAAAGUGUUAAAGCCAGGAAAGAUCGAGGGUGAUCAACUUCUCAGGAAGAUUGGCAAGGAGCUUGGAGUCGAGUGGAUGGAUGUUGGGGUGGCAUUAGGAAUGGAUUUCAUGGGCCUCAACACAAUUUAAAAUAAUCCCACAAUACAACACCACCUCAAACCAAUGAAUAUGUUUCAAAAGUGGAAACGUGAAGCUGGUGACUCCUGCACGUAUGCAAUACUGGCCUCAGCACUGGAAGAAGUUGGCCUCGUUACAUGCGCACAAACAUACUGUUAUGAACAAUAAUAGGUCUGUGGAAAGGACAUUAACACUCGUACUAUGGUUUUAGAUAGCUUGUGAUUUGUCAAAUAGUGAACUGUCACAAGUUCUAGUGGUACCGGGUAGCUUUAGUUGCUUGACCUUAUUCAGUAAGGUGUUCUAGAAACUUCUUCUGGUUUUCCGUUUUGUAUAAAUAGCAUGUGUGUCUCCGUGUGUAUACUGAUUUCGAUUGUUGUUACUUGAACCUC